GCCGAAGGUAAAGAGCGUGUUAGAAGCGCGUCGUAAAGAGUUGACACUCCUCGGAAAUAAAAAAAAACACUUGUCCUUUUGGCUUCCACCACUACCAUCAACACCUGACUUCAUCACGAAGUCUUCUUCUUGUACCGUUUCAUGUUCUUCCCACCAACUUUAUAACUUCUCUUUCUUCCUCUUCCUCUGUCCUAAGCCAAAACAUCACAACAUCAACCAUCGAAUGCUACAACAGAUGCCUUCUAUCUGGUUUCUUAAACUAGCCCUAAAAUGCUUUGAUCAUGUCGCAUGGCCUCUUCUUGCGUUGGGGUAUCCUCUAUGUGCUUCCGUACAAGCAAUCGAGACUGAUUCCUAUAAAGAAACUAGGGACUUAGUCUCAUAUUGGAUACUUCUCUCCUUAAUAUACCUCUUUGAGUAUGCAUUUUCGAGGCUUCUUCUAUGGUUCCAAUUCUGGCCAUACAUUAAGCUAAUGAUCAUCUUCUGGCUCAUCAUACCAGACUUCGGACAAGCCUCUAAUGCCUAUAACCUUAUUCGCUCUUGCAUCUCCUUAAAUCCACAUGCAGUCAUAUGUAGGUUAAAUAACUGGAGGAAGUUUUUUGUCAAGAAAGAUGACUUUUUACUGCAUGCGGAAAGAUAUGUAAAAGAGAAUGGAACUGAAGCCUUAGAGAAACUCAUUGCCAGCAAGAACAUAACUUAUAAACUUGAUGCUGAAGCAACAAAUGCAAUUAGAGCCACUGAUAAUAAAGAAAUGCAACAGACAAUUGAGAAAAAGCUCCAAACAGAGCACAAAGCCUUCAAAGAUUUAGAGGUCAUCGAGAAAAGAGAAAAUCCUGCUAGCAAACAAGAUAUUCCUGUUGUGCCUAACCAUGCGCCAAGUCAGAAUGCUUCACCAGCCAUGGUGGAAACUAAAGGAAUUGUGGGGAAAGAGACAGCCGGUGUAGAGCUUCCUCAGAGUUCUACACAUAAGGAAAUGCAGAAGGAGUGGACUUGUGCUUUAUGUCAUGUAACAACUUCAAGCGAGAAAACUUUGAAUGAACACAUGCAUGGGAGGAAACACAGGGCUACUUGUGAAGCUCUGAAAGUAAAGAAUCAACCUGUUUCUCAGAAGCUGCGGAGUGAUCAGUACAAAGAGGCAUUGAAACAGAAGAACAUUAUCAAUCAGAAAAAUUCCAAGACCAAGGAUGGAGAGAGUAUAGUUAACAACAUGUUGAAGGGAGGAAAAGAAGUCAUGGAUCAGAAGGUGCAAAAUCCGCAAAAGAAACAAUAUGUACCUGCUGGGACGAAUCAUCCCAAAUUCAGAUGUGAAAUCUGUAAUGUCAAAUGCCCUUGCGACAUUACCUUGGCCUCUCACAAAAAUGGGAAGAAGCAUAUGGAAAAAGUUAGAAGUUUAAUCUGAAGUAUAUAUGUAUUAAGUUGUAGACGAGUUUUCCUUGAAAGGAAGUUUAGAUAUAUAAUAUAGAGCCUGUUAAAUUGUUAUCUAGUGUACAUUCUGGAUGUUCCACUUUUUACUCCACUUUCACACAUAUCGUAGUUAACCCAGCCACUCGUUGAACCACCUUAUGAUUAAGACCAUGAACUCGUUCAUUUUUGCAUCAUAAGGAUAUUGCAGCAUAUUUAAUUAUUUAUUAGUUAUUACAGCUGCCCUCUUGGGUUUCAAAUCCAUGAGAGUUUA